AUGUUCGUCUUCGGCGACGACUUUGCCGACAACGGCAACCUCCCCAAGCUGCCGGGUGGUCAGCCCCAGUCUGAUCUCUCGCGUCAAUGGAGCUACCCCUACGGCCCUUAUAUCAACCCUCGUCGCUCCGCCGCCGCCGUACCAACUGGCUGCUUCUCAAACAACCGAAUCCAGUCCGAUUUUAUUGCCCCUCCGGCGUACAUGCACACGCUAGAUCAAUCCGUUGAUCCAACUGGCAUGACCUUCGCUUCCGGUGGCGCCGGUGUGUUCCAGAAGAAGGUGCCGACUCUUGCCGCAUGGGUCAAGUCUUUCACGAGGCUCAUCAACAGCGGAAUCAUCUCAAAAGACCAGCUUCGCCACUCCGUCGCGCUUGUCGCCAUCUCCGGCAACGACUACAUGAGCGGCGCCGACGUCAAGAACUCUUUCUUGAGUAGCUUCGAUGAUAUACAAAAGCUUGGUGUGAAAAAGGUGCUGGUCAACAACAUGCAUCCUGUUGGUUGCACACCUUUGAGGACUAGCCCGAACAACUACACCAUAUGUGACCUUCUCGGCAACUAUGCCGCGUCCGUGCAUAAUAAAAAUCUAAAGCAGUUGAUGGGCAAAAAGAAUAACGCCUACGUGCUGGACCUCUACACCGCCUUCACUGACAUCAUCAAUCAUGCCCAAGGGUCGGAUCAGUCCAGCAAGUUCAACAACAACCUGGCCCCAUGUUGCGAGGGUUUCUAUGAUACAGGGUUUUGUGGACAGCAGGACGAUACAGGGGAGACCCUCUACAAAUUAUGCGAAAAUCCAGACCAGCUCUUCUACUGGGACGAGGUGCAUCCGACACAUGCUGGGUGGAAAGCCGUGAUGAAGGCGCUAGAACAACCUUUGAAGGAGUUUCUAGAUCGGGCCUAUGUUCCAUGA